AUGCGGACCGCUUUGACGGUUUCAAGUCUGCUCCUUGCAACGGGGUCGCUUGCUGCGCCCUCCAAAAAUCUCGUACCACGAGCAGAGGCUACUCUGGUGGGUUGCUACAGCAGCUCUGAAGGCUUAUCCGAUAAAACCUCCUACUUGUAUCAAAGUUCAGGAUGGUGCCAAGAUAGAUGCUCUGGGGACAACUACGCUGCUUUUGCCUUGACCGGUGGUUCGUACUGCCUGUGUGGCAAUGAACUACCUCCAUCAUCGGAUAAGGUCGAUUCGAGCAAUUGUGAUACAUCAUGUAAUGGUUGGCCGGAAGAUAUGUGCGGUGGAACCAACUACUUCUCGGUGUACACGACAGGCUUAGAAACCAACGUCGAGAGUGUUUCAGCCACGACGACCGCCAGCAGCAGCAGCGGCACCAGCAGUAGCAGUAAUAACAGCACCAGCAAUGCGACCGCCUCCGAAACCGGCAGCGCAGGUGGCACUGCAACGACCAAUUCUUCCGGACAAACCGUAUACGUGACAGACACCAGCAAGAACAAUGCUGCCGCUUCUGCAUCGGCCCAAGCUGCGCAGCAGCAGGAGGAGCAAAGAGAGAGCAAAAGUCACAACACCGCCGCGAUUGCUGCAGGUGUCGUGGUUGGUGUGGUUGGUAUAGCUGCUAUUGCCGGAGCUGCCUUUUUCGUCUACCGAUCCCGCAGGCAAAAGGCUCAGGGAUACCGCGGUGGUCGUGACUCGAGACCAUCUAUGUCAGACUCGCGGUUCGACGGCCAGUAUAUGGCACAGCGUCGACAGAGUAAUGGCAGCAUCGACGAUGAUCAAGAUUUCUCUCGCCGAAUCCUGCAGGUCACUAACCCUGAUCGCUGA